AUGCCUUCGACACGGCUGUGCAAGCUGGACAACUGGUUUGCUCCGAUGACGGUCGUUUGGCCCAAAAAGGUUCAAGCUUCACAAAUGCUUUUUGAAAAUAUGCCAACAGCGGAGGUUCGAUACUUGGAAAAUAAAGAGGCUCGACUGUUACGAUCAAAAUAUCCCAACCAAAUUUCAACACCAAUCAAACUCAAGAGUCGGGUUAGCCAAUAUACCUUGUGUCGGAAAAAAAGAAACACAAACACCGGAAGAAAAAGGUUGCUCGGUCACCGGAGUGCCCUUGUCUCGGCUUGGUUGAUUUCUGAAAAAGGCUCUUCUCUAUGUACGCAAUCGAACGCAUUUCGAGGUCGGUCGACUCUGUGGUGCUGUGAAGGUCGCUGGUCGCGGCUCGAGGUCGGAUGCAGAGGAGGGUCACCGGAAGUUAGAUGUGAGCUCAAACUCGCCAGGAUGUCUCGAAAUGCCGAUGAGUUUCAUGGACGAUGCGGCGCUGGAACGGAGAGAGGAUUUGGGGCUCGCGAUAUAGGGUUGCUCUGGCCGUUGGAAUUCGAGGCUCGCUGCUUGUGGCCGGACGACGCAUUUGCCAUGUUUGUCUCGUCGAAGUAG